AUGCCUGAGGAAUGGAGAACCAGCACACUGAUCCCUAUCUUUAAGAACAAAGGGGGCAUUCAGGAAUACGGGAACUAUAGAGGCAUAAAGCUCAUGUCACACAAUGAAGAUCUGCGAGAGAAUAAUGAACAAUCGGAUCAGAGGAAUAGACGUAGUACAACAGAUGCUAUUUACGCACUACGGUUGCUGAUGGAAAAGUACAGGGAAGGACAGCGGGAGCUGCACUGUGUGAAAAAAACCUAUGAUAGAGUCCCUAGAGAAGAAGUGUGGAAUUGCUUAAGACUAAAAGGAGUCCCAGAGAGUCAUGGACUGUCUGACAGAGGAUGUACGAAGGCCAUCACCAUGGGAUAUAAUGUAUGCUGA